CAAAUCAAAUGAUCUGAUUGCGUGUAUCAAUCAGGCAUCAAUUGGCGAGCAUGUCAAUCAAAGAGAUCGUAUAUGAAUGAUAGUUAAUGCUAAUUCAGUUGACAAUGUAAACACAGUUAAUAUAAAUUGACAAAUUUGUUUUGAUAAUAUUGAAGAGGUUUAGUAGGCUUCACUGCUGAUAGAGAAUCAUUCUGUAUAACCUAAUAAAUAAGUUAUCGAUGUAUAAUGGGUCCUCCUAAACGUUUCAAAAAAGACAACGACAGAGGCAAAUGGAAAAAGCGAAAAGAAGACCCUGAAGAGUAUAACGACGAUGACUAUUUGGAUGAUAAUGAAGCAGAAGGCAUACCAGAUGCAGCCAAGAAUGACGUUGAAAAGCAAGAUGAAACAGCACUGGAAGAUGAAUUUGGUGCAAAAGAUUAUCGUUCGCAAAUGAUUCUAAAGCCAGAUUGUUCUUCUAGACCACUUUGGGUGGCACCGAAUGGACAUAUUUUUCUGGAAUCUUUCUCACCUGUUUAUAAACACGCUCAUGACUUUCUGAUCGCUAUCUCUGAACCUGUGUGUCGUCCAGAACAUAUUCACGAGUAUAAACUGACUGCUUAUUCUUUGUAUGCUGCUGUGAGUGUUGGUCUUCAGACUCAUGACAUUGUAGAAUAUUUGAAAAGACUUAGUAAGACCAGCAUACCUGAUGGAAUUAUAGAGUUUAUAAAAUUGUGUACAUUGUCAUAUGGCAAGGUAAAACUGGUGUUAAAACACAAUAAGUAUUUCGUUGAAUCUCCAUAUCCUGAAGUAUUGCAGAAGUUAUUAAAAGAUCCAGUAAUUCAAGAGUGUAGACUGAGAAAAAAUAUAGAAGAUGAGAAAGAAGAAAUAAUUACAAAUGUUCAAAGCAAAACAAAACUUCCACAGUUUGGAGCAAAAGCAGUGACUAAUAUUCCAACUACGACCACCAAACCGACUGAAACAACUAACGACCAAGUACCAGCAGAAGCAGCGGCUGUUCCCGAAGAUAUAACUACCUUCUACGAUAAAAUGGAUAAAGAAGACGAAGAUGAGGAGGAAGAACAAGAAUUAAAAACCGUUAGUUUCGAAGUGAAUCAGGAAAAAAUUGAAGUUAUACAAAAGAGAUGUAUAGAACUGGAGCAUCCCUUAUUAGCAGAAUAUGAUUUCCGUAACGACACUGUAAAUCCAGACAUAAAUAUCGACUUGAAACCAUCAGCUGUAUUGAGACCUUAUCAGGAAAAGAGUUUGAGAAAAAUGUUUGGAAAUGGACGUGCUAGAUCUGGCGUUAUAGUUUUACCUUGCGGUGCUGGUAAAAGUUUGGUUGGAGUAACAGCUUGUUGUACAGUACGAAAGCGUGCAUUAGUAUUGUGUAAUUCUGGAGUAUCUGUGGAGCAAUGGAAACAACAAUUUAAGAUGUGGUCAACCGCUGACGAUUCGAUGAUAUGUCGUUUUACAAGCGAAGCCAAAGAUAAACCUAUGGGCUGCGGAAUAUUAAUCACUACGUAUUCCAUGAUUACCCACACACAGAAACGUUCAUGGGAAGCUGAACAAACCAUGCGAUGGCUUCAGGAACAAGAAUGGGGAAUCAUGGUCUUGGAUGAGGUACACACGAUACCUGCAAAAAUGUUCAGGAGAGUUUUGACGAUAGUUCAGAGUCACUGUAAAUUGGGUUUAACCGCGACGUUGUUGCGAGAAGACGAUAAAAUCGCUGACCUCAACUUUCUGAUCGGACCUAAAUUGUACGAGGCUAACUGGUUAGAAUUACAGAAACGUGGUUUCAUCGCUAGAGUACAGUGCGCUGAAGUUUGGUGUCCUAUGACGCCAGAGUUUUACAGAGAGUACCUUGGUUGUAAAAUGAGUAAAAAGUUGUUACUUUAUGUGAUGAAUCCUAAUAAAUUUCGUUGCUGUCAAUAUUUAAUACGAUACCACGAAAGACGCGGGGAUAAAACCAUCGUUUUCUCCGAUAAUGUUUUCGCUUUGAAACAUUACGCGAUUAAAAUGAAUAAACCGUAUAUCUACGGCCCAACUAGUCAAAACGAACGAAUACAAAUUCUGCAAAACUUCAAAUUCAAUACUAAAGUGAACACGAUAUUUGUGAGUAAAGUGGCAGAUACGUCUUUCGAUUUACCAGAAGCCAAUGUCUUGAUCCAAAUUUCGUCUCAUGGUGGUUCGCGACGACAGGAAGCACAACGAUUAGGAAGAAUUUUAAGAGCCAAAAAAGGAGCGAUCGCGGAGGAGUACAAUGCGUUUUUCUAUACACUAGUAUCGCAAGACACAAUGGAAAUGAAUUAUUCAAGGAAACGUCAACGGUUCCUUGUAAAUCAAGGAUACGCGUAUAAAGUUAUUACAAAGCUUGCUGGAAUGGACGAAGAGCCCGACUUGAUGUAUGCAUCUCGAGAGGAACAGGGUCAUUUGUUGCAACAAGUUUUGUCUGCUAGUGAUAUGGACGCGGACGAAGAAAGGAUACCUGGAGAAGGACCAAGACCGAUUAUUCGAAAAGCUGGUAACAUGACGUCGAUGUCUGGCGCAGACGAUGCAGUUUACUACGAAUACAAGAAAGCUCCCGGUUCAUCUACAGCGAACAAGCAUCCGUUGUUUAAAAAGUUCAGGACGUAGACCUUCAAUGUACAUAAAUAUAUUUUAUAUUUAUUGUUAUUUUUGUGACCGAUUUAAAAACAUGUUUCAUUACAUUUGUAUACGUUUUAUAAAGAACGGUAAUUGGUCGAUCAAAAUUUUAAUUUCAUUGACAUUUAUGUUGUCUCUUUUGUAUUUUCAUCGACAAAGUUGAUUUUAAACCACGUUUUCCAAAAGCAACAAACUAACCAUUUUAACCAUCUAUAUCUAGUAUCUAAUACCUAUCAGUUCUCGGUAAACUUGAUCUGCCCGCUCGUACGAUGUACAUACGUGGCAAUAAUAUAAUUUACGCAAAUGUAAACCCACUUUGUUGACUCGAUGCGAUAACAAUCCCCUGGUAUGCAAGCGUCCAUAGCACGCACCGCUGUAUUAACUCAAGGGAGUCCUUUUUUAAGUAUAUACUACAAACUUUGGAAGACUA